UAAAUAAGACGCAGACAAACAAGGUUAGUGCGAAUUGGAAAGUUGUAUAUCUGUGCAAAUUUCUACAUUGAAUAGUAAUAUUCAGUAAAAUACAUAUAUGUACAAAUGUUUUUAUUGAAAAUAGGUUUUAUUUUAAAUGGAUCAAACGAAAGCAGCAUAUUUAGUGCUUGUACAGACUCUAAAUAUUCUAAUAUAUUUAUUUAUCCAAUUAGUUUACCAUUCUCUUUAAUUUCCAGUUAUUUAAUACAUAAAUUAAAAAUAUAUUAAUUUCAUAAGAAUUAGGAAUUUGGAUAUAUAUCUGCAAUAAAAAUUAAAGACUCUCUGGUCUUCCUAUCAAAGCAAUUUAACGGCCAUUAUACUGCAUUAUACGCUAAUUUUAAGGCGAAUAGUCGCUUAGUGUGCAUUUUUACAAAUAUCAGAAGCCAUAUGUUCGCGUGGGGCAACGACACAUGAAUUUGAUUUUGUGUAUUUGCAUGCGGAUCCGUGUGUCUUCAAGAAUGUUAUCGCGACGUUUGUUCCACAAUGUUUACUUAUAUUAGAAGUUCGGUUUGGUAGUUCUUGCAAAAAUUGGAAUUCCCUAAUAGUGUUAAAUUCUUAAUUGAAAACUUUUCGGAGAAAAAUAAUUGACACAAGCUAGAUACAAAAUAUUAAAUUCCUUGUGCUAUUAAUUAAAAAAAUAUUCUAUAUUAUUCUGCCUGGUUACUUCAAUUGUUCCAGGUGCUUAAUAUUGUUUUACUUAUUUUAUUCUCUACUUCUCAUGUCUAUUUCUGCCCACUUUUGCGUACAAACUUACAAACAUAUUUGUAUGUAUUUUUACUGCCUUUAUUUGUGAAGUUCGUGGUUUUGUCACUAUUUUCAUCGAUUAUAACUUUGUAUGCCUAUGAAUACGAAUGUAUACAUAUUAAAGUUUGCGUUAUUUAUUUAUCUUUUCGUUUAUUGUUUGACCGUGGAUUGUUUGUUGAACAGUUUGUUACUCGUUUUCCAAAGCUUACCGUUUUGCCACAUAAUAAAAUAAAUUGCUUGUAACAAAUAAUUGUAAACAAAUAUAUGCCUCAAUUUCAUAUAAUAAUUUACACUCCUUACCAUGUUUUAUGUGUAUUUUUAUUUAUUAAGCUUUCUUUCUGAACGAUGAGUCAAAACCAAGCUUUGUGGUCAUCGCGUGAAUAAGUAACGAGUUUUUCAGCUUUAAAGGUAUGCAGCUUUUGCAAUAUUCAAGUUUUUUUUUUAAAUUACUGCUCAACAUGAACGUGAACGCCUGACGUAGGACAACCUUUAUUUUUAAUAAUAAAUAAACUAUUAAAAUUUAUUUCUGCAGCCCUUUAAAUUAAUGAGUUAUAGCUAGGAAAAGUUUGUUCAUCUUGUUCUACUUUACUUAAACUAAUACAUAUGAAGGAGUUAAUGUAAAUACCUAAGAUAUAAUUGAAAUCAUUGAUUUUGUUUCUUUCAUUAUAUAAAUUCAGACUUUUCACUUAGUAAAUCAGAAAGAAUGUAAAACUUCCAUGACUCCCAACACAAACACACGCACUCACGGCAAUUGUAAUAAUAAUAAAAUCGAAUUUCGGUAAAAAUAUAUAACGGCAAUAAAUUAUUCAGCUUGCCUGAAGUUAAUUACUAAGUCGGCUUUUACAUGUUCAAUAUAUAUCGUCUGCGAUUCUGGAUAGCGAUACUUAUUAAACGGUUAGUUUGCAAUAUUGGUGGAUCGCGAUCAAUAUCAAAACAUAUUUAAAUAUUUUGAAAUUCGCAUCGCCGUAAAUAUUGAAGGUGUAGCAUUUAAUCGGGUUCCAAAUAUGCAAAGUUACGCAAUAUGGCGUUAGGAAGAUAAGAUCUCCUACUAAAAUAAUCUCCCAGACAGUUUUGCGAUCGCUUGACCCAGUAUUGUUUCAACACACGUCAAAAAUUGACACCAGCAAACUGAAAAUACGCCAAAUUUUACGACAAAGGCGAAAACACAAACCAGACAGCUGAAAAUGUGAAUAGUGUUUAUGGUUCUGAUACUGAUUUUGAUGUCAAAGAUGCAAGUUUAAUUGGAGAAAAUAUUGAAAAUAAUCGAAAUCGUAAAAUCACAUUAAAUAUAUAAUACAAAAAAGUUAUUGAACUAAAGGGUGCAUAUUCUUCUUUCUUUUAAAUUGUAUGAACAGCGUUGUGAGCAGCACAACGCCAAGUACAACGAGCUUCAUUGACACGAAUGGCACAGCAGCAGCCGCCAUCGCAGUUGCCGCAUCGACGAUGACCGAAUCGACCACGCUGAAGCCGAGUAUCGUUGUACAAGCCAAACCAAUGCCGUCACCCAUUGAUCCGCUCAGUCACGUCGGUGAUGGUAUCUUCCUGCAAACAAAAACCGCCCAAGGACUUGCGACCGUCUUCGUGUGGGUGGCACUAUUUAUCACAUGCCAACAGAUUUAUCAACAUCUGCGUUGGUACACAAAUCCACAGGAGCAGCGCUGGAUAGUGCGUAUCCUAUUUAUUGUGCCCAUGUAUGCGACAUACUCAUGGAUCAGUUUGUUUUUCUUCAAUUCGGAUAAUGUGUAUGUGUACUUCUUUACCGUGCGCGAUUGCUACGAAGCUUUUGUCAUCUACAGUUUCCUGUCGCUCUGCUAUGAGUACCUUGGUGGCGAGGGCAAUAUCAUGUCCGAGAUACGCGGCAAACCCAUUAAGAGCUCGUGUCUGUAUGGCACCUGCUGUCUGAAGGGCAAGACGUAUACAAUCGGUUUCUUGCGCUUUUGCAAGCAGGCCACAUUGCAAUUUUGUUUGGUGAAGCCGCUGGUGGCAUUUAUUAUUAUAUUCCUGCAAGCCUUUGGCCACUAUCAUGAUGGUGAUUGGAGCGCAAACGGCGGCUACAUUUACAUAACCGUUAUCUAUAAUAUAUCCGUGACUCUUGCCCUUUACGGUCUAUAUCUGUUCUAUUUCGCUACGCGUGAUUUACUCACACCAUUCGAGCCUGUAUUGAAAUUUUGUACAAUCAAAUCGAUUAUUUUCUUAUCGUUUUGGCAAGGUGUUAUGUUAGCCAUUUUGGAAAAGGCCAAGGUCAUUUCGCCAAUUGUGGACAGCAUGGGCACUGUCACCUCAGCUGGUACUGUUUCGGCGGGCUAUCAAAACUUCUUCAUUUGCAUUGAAAUGUUGUUUGCUGCGAUUGCUUUGCGCUAUGCAUUCCCCUAUCAGGUCUAUGCGCGCAGCUGUAUUGCCGAUGGCCAAGGUCGCUCUGUUACCAUGCAAUCAAUUUCAAGCAGUCUUAAAGAAACUAUGAAUCCCAAGGAUAUUAUGACAGAUGCUAUACACAAUUUCCAUCCACAAUACCAACAGUACACGCAAUACAGUUCCGGUGGUAAAAAUUCGCGUGGUAUACGCGUCUCUUCCUACGAUCCGGACGAACCGAAUGCCACACAUCACGCCAGCAGCAACAACACAGGCGGCAAUAGCGGCACAUUGAGUAGUUUGGGCAACUCCAGCCAAGGCACACCAGGUGGCAGCAUCGCCGGCUGCAUCGCAUCGAAAACCUUGGGAAAUCAACGGAAAUUCAUGCCCGGCGGCCAAAGGGUCGCCACCAUCAGCCAGAACUAUAAUGAGAAGACGAUGCUGCUGAGCAGCGAUGAUGAGUACCAGUAAACGACGCUGGAUCGAGGUGUCGUCGAGAAGUGAGUAAUGGAAGCGAGCCGCCCUAACAGCACUUUUUAAAUACCAUAAAGGCUCACUGAUUACACUUAAGAAACAGGUGGAAGAGUCGUUAUGCUUUGGACGUGUGUUGGUGAUUUGAUUGUAAUCUUCUUGAUUUGCUGCUUAUUUUGAUUUUUUGAUGUGUAAGUGUUGUCAGAUAUUAGCUACGAUUGGCACAAUUAGUAGCCGAAGGUGAAUUUUAUAGAAAAAUGGAAGAAUAUGUUUUUUUUUUUGCAAAUAGUAUGUGCUUUCUGCAAAUGAAUUUUUAAUUUGUUAUUGAGCAAUUAAUUUUCGUAUUUUUAUCAAAAAUGUGUAGUAUCAGUACAAAAAAUAAUUACGAGUAUAUAUGUAUAAAGAAAAAAAGUUUUAAAUGCUAGCAAGAGCAGUUAAGGUGCUAUUUAUAGAUUUCAUAAAAUUUUUACUAGAAAAUAUGCAAUUUUAUGCCACAUUUUUGUUGAACCAUAAGUGAGGUUAUUUUAUUACCUUUUAUUUAUAAUUAAUUUCGUUAAGUUAUUAUUGCAUAUUGCAAAAUGCAGAACUGAACUGCCGUUGUUUAUUUUGUGCUUUUAAUAGACCUCAGUCGCACACUUACUUACCAUAUAGAAUUAUUGUAUGUUUGUAUGUAAUUAAGCUAGCAAAAUAUGUAAUCCUUUGAGGUAAACUUGGCGCGCUUCUCUACAGCAAAACCAACAAAUGUCCAAAAUUGUUUCUAUUAUUGUAACAUUAUUAACAACAAAUAUUAUGUAUUAUUAUUAAUGUACGUUGUAUGUAAGUACAAUUGUACAUCACGCAUCCGUCGUUCGGUGGUCGUGUGUGAGUGUGUAUUUUAAAAUAAAAAUAUAUUGCAAAUGAAAUUAAAUAAAAAUCCACAAUCCACAAUA